GGUGCGAUUUCUUGAUUUCUAAUACGCUUGCGUGGGUGGAUGUGGAUGCGAUGUGGUCUGAGUGGAUUUUCUAGAAUUUGGGUAUGUUUAUAUUGCGAGGGGACUUGCUGUCUUUUGUUGAGGAAAGCACACCUAUCAAUUCGUUCGAUCUGCAAUCUCAAGAUCUACAUACAACUCGAUAUAUAAUCCGAUACGUAUUCCGCACGAAACAACACAUACCUCCAGUAAACAGACAAGAAAGCAAGCCAGAAUGGUUACCAUCACUCUCGAUGCCGAUUACGGCUACGUAAUCCUCGCCGCAACCUCCACCUUCAUCCUCAAUUUCUGGCACGGCAUCAACACCGGUACCUACCGCAAAGCCGCCAAAAUCGACUAUCCAGCCGCCUACGCUCCUUCGUCCCGCACCGACACCGCAGCACACCAAUUCAACUGCGCACAGCGCGCACAUGCGAAUUUUACAGAGAAUCACUCGAUAGCGGUGACGGCGAUGUUGGUUGCUGGAUUGGAGUUUCCGCGGUCGGCGGCGACGUUGGGAGCUGCGUGGACGGUUAGCAGGUGGGUCUAUAUGAGAGGUUAUAGUCAGGGUGGGGUGGGCGGAAAGGGAAGAUAUAAGGGUAUUUGGUUUUGGUUGUUCCAGAUGGGAUUGAUGGGAUUGUGUGGAUUCAUGGGAGGAAGAAUGGUGCUUGAGGGCAGAGUUUAGGAGGUGAGAGUUAGAGUGAGAGGGGCAUAGACGAAUUAGUUGUGGUGGAUUCGAGAGGAAGAGAAAUAAGAAGGCCCGGAUUCAAAUAUUCUUGCAUUGCGCAGUCAAUUUGAUAUAGAAGCUUCUUUUUCGAUAUUCCUGGAGUAGUCCAUCUCCUACACUAGAGAAUAGAAUCGCAUAAAAGCUAAUAAAGCUCUCA